AUGAAGCGAUUGGGUUGUGUUGUUGUCGGAUGUCCCGGGAGUCCUUUCUCCGUGGCCAUUCCCAAGCGCGACGAUGUCGAUGGCCUCAAGGAGAAUAUCGCCAUCAAGAAGAGGUACCGAUUUCCAGCCGACGAAAUGGAUGUGUACAUGGCGACGAACGGCGCCGGGUUCUCCAGCGUAGCCGCAGCAAAGGUGACACUCGACCAACUACAUGACGCGCGAGCCUUCAAGAAGAUGCACCCAUUGCUUAUGAUCAAGAAGAGCUUUGGACGCACUUAUCCAAAAACCGACGAACAAGUGUACGUGUUCGUGGUCGUCCCCAAGCAUGCUGUGCCUGCCCCGACGCGGCGAUUGUUCUGUGUUGUUGUCGGACGUGCUGGGAGUCCUUUCUCUGUGACCGUUCCCGAGGACGAGGUCGUCGAUGGCCUCAAGGGGAACAUCGCGAUCAAGAAGAAGUACCAAUUCCCAGCAGACGAAAUGGAUUUGCACAUGGCAACGAACGGCGCCGGGUUCACCACUAUCGACGCACAAGCGGUGACCCCCAACAACGUUCAUGACCUGCGAGCCUUCAAGAAGAUGGACCCAUUGCUUUCAAUCAAGAAAACGUUUGAAGGAACUUUCCCACCAAACGAAGAACAAGUCUACGUGUUCGUGGUCGUCCCCAACCAAGCCCUGAAGCAGCACAAGCAAGACGACGCAAGACCCAUCGCGAUAUCGUCCUUGUCGCUGCCGGCAAUCAAAAACUUGGGGUAUCUCAUGGAACCAACCAAACUACCAGCGGUUGAAGCCCCCCCGUCACUCUGCCCUCGUGAGUUUAACUGGAUCAAAGAACUGCCAGAGAGCCACCCGACGAACAAGGAAAACUAUCUGCACUACGUUGCCGACAUGCUGCAGCCCUUUCCAAACCUCGCGGUGAAGCCCAAGAUUCCACACGAUCUCAACACCUCUGUGGGCGAAUCCCAACGCGAGCUUACGGGAGCCUGCGACUUGUACGUCGUCCCACAUGCAUGCGGAGACUUACUUGGUCCGACCGAUGUGGUGGUGUUGAUGGAGCUGAAAAAAUCGGAGAAGCUGUCUUCCGGCUAUGUUACUCAGACCGCUGGGUACUUGAUUGCAGCGCACACCCUCUUCGACAAGCAAUCGUAUCUACCUACUCCCGUCGGCGUGUUGACGAAUCUGCGGGACGAAUGGCUUCUAUUUUGGGUUGGACCACGUGGCCAGAUUUGUAUGGCGAGUGAGGACAGCAACUACGAGAAACUCACCCGAGAGACUACGUGGCAUUACAUUCGAAUGCACUGCGAAUACGUCAACUCCAUUCUCCAAGCCCGAUGGGGCAAAGGACCACCCGUCGUAGAAGAGUCCGAAGCUCCUCAAACUUUCCAGGCAUUUGGGGUUAGCGACAUCGUGGCGGGUCAUUUGAAGCCGUGCGCACCGUUGGAGUAGUGAAGAAACAACUUGGUAGCCCUUCAACACCCCGGCUGUGGACCUCGCGUUUAGCAUGGCGUUAACAGUAAAUCAGAA